AUGGAGAUUCGCACGGUCGUCUGCGCGCCAGUAAAUCCUCCCUCCUCUUCUUCCGCCCCCUCUUCCGCUCAACCAGCUGCUCCUCCCUCUGCUCCUGCUGCUCCCGAACCAAAGAAGCGCGUGCGGCGAUGGCAUCACCGCGGGUUUACCGGGUGUUCCACCUGCCGCCGACGCCAUGUCCGCUGCGAUGAAGCCUCCCCCUCGUGCAAGAAUUGCACUCGCUUAGGACUCGAAUGUGAUGGAACGCAAGGCCGGAUGACGUUUAAGGUGUACGGGCCAUCGCAAAAUCAGCAGGAACCCGCGUCCAAAGCUCCCAAAAAACGUGGCAAGAAAUCCGAACAGCCUCCCGCGACGCCCAAAACCGUUAUCAAAAAAGAGGAGGCCGCAGAUGAGGAUGAAGGGUACGAUUCGCUCGUGGUGUCGCCCACUACGGUUUCCGGUUCGCCGCCGACGAAAUUUCGCUUUCAGGAACCGCUCUCUCCGGCUCAGAUGAUGUCUACGUCGUUAACGUGUGUUGAUGGCCGCUAUUAUACGCAUUUCAUUGACCAAGUCGCCACCCUCCUUCUCAUCUACGAUAAUUCUACCAAUGUUAAUCCCUACCGACGAUAUUUCCCCGAAAUGGCACAUUCCUCGCCCUCAAUGGCCAACGCUAUGCAGGCACUCGGCGCAUUGCAUUUAUCAAACACAUCCCGAGGACAGCAGCGUAUCACGCACUUUCAACACGCCAUGGGCAAGUAUGGCGAGGUUGUCAAGUCCUUCCGAACACGAUACACCGAUCCCGCACAACUAGGAGUGUCGGACUUUGCCACUUGCUUAUUAUUAUCCCUUUUCGAGAUGAUGGAUUCCCAAAACCACAACUGGGCCGUUCACCUUAAAGGAGCUCGCGAAAUUUAUCGGAUUAUCUUUCCCUCAGCCGAGGGCGAAGCCAAAGGUGCUGCCGAAAAUGACCACCCUCUCCGACAUUUCCUCGUUUCUCUUCUUUCCUAUCUCGAUGUUGCGGGCGCAUGUGCUACAAGUGAUGGCACGGUUGUCGAAGGCAGCUACUGGAGGUCUCUCAGUGGUGGCUGGGAGUAUAACAUGGGUAUACCGAGUCUCAGCUCAGAAAAACCCGAAAACGACAGCCUUUUAGUUGAACUCCGACAGACCUGGUCUCUAUUGAUGGAGAUUCAAGCAUCGAUCAGCGCAUUUGGAAAGGCCAAGCAGCAGCCCUGGAUGUCGUAUCAGCAGCACGACAUGGUCUAUGGCAGUCUUUUAAGUCGUUUGGUCAAAUGGCGAGCCAAUGCACCCGAAUGUAUUCAAAUUCUGGGUGGAUUGGAUGAUGAGAGCCUUUCAAAAUACCCGUACCCGGACGUGCUGGAAUACGCGGGAUGUAUCGAGUCAUAUGAAAAAGCCACGACCAUCUAUCUACACAAAGUGGCGGCGGCGGGACGUCCUGAUCGGCAAACCGAGGGGCCUUUACUCCAGAUGCUCGCUUCACGGAUUCUCGCACUGAUCCACAAGUGUGCCAACGAUGUUGGACAGUUGGCUUUUCUGUGGCCUCUAUAUACUGCGGGCCGGGUGACACGAGAUCCCAACCAGCAGGGCUAUGUGCGACAGACCAUGACAUCCCUGCAACGAUACGGGUUCAAGAAUGUCGACAGAGGUCUGGAAGAUCUGGAGAAAGUAUGGUUCAAACGACGUGCAUUCCCCGAAGGAUGGGUUGAUACGAUGGACGAACUCCGGUCGGCUGUUCUCAUUCCUUAAUCGAUCACUCUACGCUUGAACGAUUCAUCUAUACCAUAUACUCGACAUACUGGCAGCGCCGGGGCUGGACCCUUCGAUGUCACUGGGACAUCUAAUAUUAUAUAGUUUACAAAAGCCUGGAUAUGUUACCACGGAACUAAUGGGCAUAUCCAGGCUGUUAUUUAGUCUGGGAAGGAUUAGGAUGCACAUAUUACCGUGAUUAUUUGCAUAUAGAUAAUAGACUACCAUUACCUGCUUCUUCA